AUGAAUCAAAAUGGUUCGGAAUAUUGGAUAUGUGUUAAAUGUCAAACAACAGCUACAAGUUACUUAGAUUUAUCAGUAAUUGUUUGUGAAGAUCAUACACAUCUACCUGACGAAACUGAUAAAGAAGUAUUAGAAAUGCGACAAAUUUUAAAACGAAAAGCUAUCGAAGGAUCUAGUCCUAUUGAUCGUAUAGUUGAAGAAGCAUGA